AUGCAAAUACUACCAGAAAAAGAUUCAAAAGAGUAUCAGUGGAUGCGAUCAGUAACUGAACGUUACGGAUUGAUUCGGCAAGGGAUUAUACUCGAGAAUGCACUGACCAAAUUCGAACACUCUGAUCUUUCAACGGUGAUCGAGAACGUUUUGAAGUGGAUUUCGAGACGACUUCAUGAGAUUGUUGAAGCGAUUCAGAAGUGA